AUGCUUCCAUGGCAAGUACAAUAUUUUCGGUGUUUAUUUUGGUAUGGAUUGUUAACUGUUUCGCUAUCAUAUUCAAUUUACAAUUUUAUCAUUCUUGAAACACGUUCCGGAACUUUGCUUGAAGUUGCACAACUGAGCGAUGGAUUAGUUUACAAGAAUAUCACUAAUAAAACAUUACCAGUUAUUGUAAUAUUGCUUACCACUAGUCCAUCACAAAAUUUCAAAGGACUUAAAUCUCUGUUACCUGCUGAUGUAAAAUAUAUUCAUGAUCGAAGAGAUGCAUAUAAAUUGAAAACACCACAAGUUCAUGUUCUCAUACAGCCAACACAUUCUACCGUACUACCUGGUUUCAUCAAAUUUAUGGCAUCAAUUAAAAAAAUGAAUGUAAGUGAUGUGGCAAAAUUUGUCAUGCUUUCGAUUGAAAUUGAAAAAUACAUCAUAUCACCAAAUAUUGAUAAGGUACUAUGCUUCCCGAAUCAACAAGUGAUACUUAUGAAUACUGUUCUAGGUAAUUAUCACUCGUUCACGAUAUAUGUGGCAAAUUUGGAUGAAAGUAAAAAUGUGAAAAAUUUAACUGAUGAAAUGAGUGGGAAUGUUGGUUUAACACGAAUGAUCGCCAAAGAAUUGCUAAAUCCGGUCCGUUGUGAUUUGAUGUUUUUUGGUGUUAUCAGUAAUGAUGUUUAA